AUUCGGUCUCUUUACAAUUCGAUCACAAAACACGGAAACUGUGGAAGUAUAGGCAUAAGUCCCUGUAGACACGGACAAUUAAUGAAUUAUUUACCUUUUAAGUAAAUACUUUAAAUAAUAAGAGGUAUAAUGUGUGUGUGAAAGAUAAUUUAAAAAAGUUUUUAAACCAAUGAGGGAAAGUGAAAGUAGAUGGGAUAGCAUGGUGCAGACAAUCGAUGAAGAGACUCAGCUUGAAACGAAAACUUGGCGCUGUUGACGAGAAGAAUUCAACUCACCAAGUACCUGUUACAAAACAAAAAGAUGCAAAGAGUACAAACAACCAUUUAAGGGCAAAUGCAAGGUCAGAGACAAAACCAGAGAAUGCACAAGUAAAACUGCAGAAUACUAAAUUAGAUAAAACCAAAAAGCCAAUACUUCUCACUAAGCUCCCACCAUUUCCACCAUUCCCUCAUCAUCAAGAUCUACCAAAGGUUAAAGAAAAUGCGAAAACCCCAGCUGGAAAAAUGAUUGGUCACAAUAUGUUGUCGCCUUUCCCACCCAUGUGUUCCACAUGCAGGAAGCGCAAACCAAUGUCCAAUGAUUUCCUUCAAAAUAUCAUUAUACCCGAGAUCAAGAAUGACAACAAUGCCAGCAUCAACAGCUGCAGAGUGGAAUCAGACACUUCUGUAGAUCUAGGUACCAAUGGUAGACAACCAUCCCCACAGGUAUUAAAGACAGAACCAGAGGCCAGUCAAAGUGCUGUCUCCCAGUGUCCAAUGUGUGGGAAAAGUUUUGGUCCCAGUUUUACCAUGCUUGAUGUGGACAGCCACUUAGCCAACUGUCUGUCUGCCACAGAUGAUGAUGUGCAAUGGUAAAAAUUUAAGUAGGAGAUCAGGAGAACUUAACAGAUUGUACCACAAAUGUGUUCAGUUGUUUCAUAUUGUAAUCUCAGUGAGAUUAAAUAAAAAGCAUAAAUAAGUUUC